ACCGAGGCACCUGAUCAAUAUCCUUUAUGGGACGGCAGGCCUGUUUGCCUGUUGUUUGAAUCGCAUAAAUAGUCCUUGUAAUUCUCCUAUCGUCCUUCUCCUAAAAGCUAUCUCGUCUUGAUCUUACAUACCUGCGUACAACAUGCCUAACGUUACAAACUCGGGACCCGUCACCCAAGUUUUCGAGAAAUACAUCUCAACUCUAGGCAACUACUCUGAUGACACCUUCAACUCCGUCAUGUCCCGGGACUUCACUACCCCUUGUCCCUUCCCCUCCCAAGGACCUGGUUUUGAGGGCGUCCGCGACAUCACGCAGCGUGCCGCCAAGGGAUUCCCAGGCCUCAAGUGGAACAUUGUUGAGGGCUUGGAGAGUUCGGAUGGAAAGUAUGGAGCUUUUAGGUUCGAUGCUGUUGGGAAGCAAGAUGGUGAGUUCCUUGGGGUGCCAGCGAGUGGGAAGGAGGUUAAUGCUCCCGGAUCUAUGUUUAUGAAACUGGAUGACGAGGGAAAGAUCUGCCAGAUGGCAAUCGUGAUGGAUAACUUGGCUUUGUUGACGCAAAUGGGUGCUGUUCCUUCCCCGGGAGGCGAGCAUGCGAAGGCUGAAUAAGCUCACGGCAGCUGAACUAUUUGGAGGACGAAGGAGAAGCUAG